AUGGCUGACCGCAACCACCCCUCCGCCAAGCCCGCCGCCAGGACGGUGCUCAACCUCGGCAACCUUCCUCCUAAGAAGCAAGGCUUCGGUGCUGCUGCUCCGUAUGCCCGCACACCCUCCCGUGUCGACCCCAACAACCCACCUUGGCCCGCGUACCGUGGCUACCACGAGUUCUCCUUCGCUCAUGAAACUAUGGGCAAGCGUCUGCCUACCAUUCUCGGCAAGGCUGUCGACGAUGUCAUCAAGACCCUCAACGAGGAAUAUGAGGAGGAAAAGGUCAUCGACCUCGCCAAGUGUAUCGAACGCAUGCACACGCUCAUGGACGAUCUCCAAAAUAACUCCAAGCUCCGUCCCAUCGUCGACGACGGUGAGGGAGAUAUCCCUCUCUGGAACAAGGAGAUUGCCAGGUUCUUCCGUGGCAAGGACUUCAUGAACGCCCCCUGGCUCUUUGCCGAGGCGUACAAGUACCGACGUCUCCAUGAGUGCUUCAGUAUCUCCAAGUACUGGAAAGACUACGAUGUCUUCUUCCGGCAAAAGUGCGACACCUUCUCUCGUUCGGGUACUGCCGUCUUUGAGCUCUCGACUCGUUUUGCCGAGCCUUUCGCCUACGAGGAGGGUGCCAACGAAGACGAGAAGCUCAAGGCUCGCGAGUUGCUCUUCCACGAGCUCACCCAGGUCUGCUUGUGGGGUAACGCCACCGAUCUGUCGCUCCUUAUCAACAUGACUGAAGAGGACAUCAAGAACCUCCAGUCCACCGGUGGUGAGCAUCUUGCUGCCACGGAGAAGAACAUUCUCGGUAACCAUCUCGACCGUCUCUGGAAGCUCGUUUCCAACAUGAAGGGUGGUCGAAUCGACUUUGUCCUCGACAAUGCCGGUUUCGAGCUUUACUGCGACUGCGUCUACGCUGACUGGCUCAUCCAAUCCGGAAUUGCCAACGAGAUCCGCUUCCACGGCAAGCGUUUCGCAUGGUUCGUCUCGGACGUCACUCGCAAGGACUGGGACUGGCUCCUCAACUCGAUGCUCUACGGUUCCCUCUUCCCCCAAGCCACCGAUGCCGAAGUCCAAUCGCUCAAACAGAUGGGUCUCCGCUGGAAAGAGUACGAGCGUAAAGGACAGUGGAUCUACGAACAACACCCCUUCUGGUGCACAGGUUACACCUUCUGGUCCAUCUCCCAAGAAGCUCCUGAUCUCUUCCUUCAUCUUGCCGACUCGAACUUGGUCAUGUUCAAAGGUGACUUGAACCACCGUAAGCUCACGUACGACUGUCAGGCUCCUAGUGAUACCCCCUUCGACAUGGCGAUUGGUCCGUUGGCUAGCGAGGAUGGUGCACCGCCCGUGGCUUCGCUCAGGACGAUCAAGUCAGAUGUUGUGGUUGGUGUGCCCGGCGACGUAUCGAGCAAGUUGGACAACGAGGAGCCUGGUUGGAGGAUCAGUGGUAAAUAUGCUGUUGUACUGUUGUCCGAUGGGUUGCCUGGCAAGCCUGUUAGCUUUGGUCAGCAGUAA